AUGGCGCUGGCGAUGGUGAUGGAGGCGUCGGACGCGGACGCCAUCUACGCGCUGGUUACCGACCCGCAGCAAAUUGCAUUUCUACAGCUAGAGUGUCGCUUGUAUGGUUCACCUGAUGGGGUGGCUCCAACAGCGGCUGCGGCACCCCCACGAUUGCGGUUGGCUCUGGAAGAGAUGGCGCUGGGGGUCGUGAAAGGGUUCCUUCGACUGGAGACGCCGGGAGUGGACUCUACUGUGUAUGGAGGUGUGGAGGAGAAGAGUCGGACACUAGUGGAUCAGAUUACAGAAGAAUUGAGAGGUGAUGCAUGGCAAAGAGAGGAUAUUGAUGGUGAUGGCGUCACGUGGAGACUAUCGUCACGACGUCGUACUCGACUGCGUGUUUUCCGAGAUCUGUGGGAGCGAGGCUACGUCGUGACUUUCGGCUCAAAGUUUGGAGCCGACUUCCUCGUUUACAAAGAUGACCCCAAAAAGACACAUGCAGUGGCUCUGGUGGUGGUGAAAGACUACGAGGAAGAAUUCGCGCGCGUUGAUCUCGUGAGCUUCUGUCGUGUGGCCAAAAUGGUGAAAAAGAAGCUUCUGUUCGCGUGUGUGCGGACAAACGGUGAAGACAAGAAGGGCGAUGAAAAGAAGGAUGGAAGCGGGAGUGAGGCACAGAGCGUCGUGUACAUUUCAUUAACGCAUGCACUGUUGGUGUCGCGCCAGGAAGCGAGUGCGGAGGAAUAG